UGCUGCACUUUCUGUAAUAGGGGGAUCGCCCCCAUCUCCUGGGGAUGUUUCAGACUCUGUAGAAUGGGAAGGGCAGUAUGGGGGCGAGUAGCAAAAAAAACUUCCUCUGCCACUCCUGGAAGGAAAAGAAAUCCAUUCUAUAAAGAGAUUGUAAUCUGGCUUCACGAGCUGUUCCUGUCUGGAUCUGGCAGAGCCCCUGCUUUCAUUUUCUCCACAAGUCCCGCUCUGCAGAGUUGGGCCAGGCCAAGGAACAGUGAGGGCAUUAGGACCGAGAGAAAGACACCCACUUUGCUCCGUAUUAUGUCUGGCACGAGGCUCCCUGACUGAGAGCUGGAGUUAUGUGUGAAACAAAGUCAGGGGCUGACUCGUUUCCAUCUGUUGAUCCGACCUGACUCGGAGCAUCCAAACAGGCACCCGGGGCUGUCAAAGCUGCUUGGGAGAAGGACCAAGCGGCUCCCCGGGGCAUCCAUUAGCAACUUGGCCAGGGCAGGAAAACACAGUGGAAGGAGCAAUUGAGAAAGAUGGAUGGAUGAUUUUUUAAAAAUCAUUUGCAAGAAAAAGGGGCAAAAGUGGGGGAGGUGGGAGGUGUGGGGGAGCGGGGAAAUCUAAGCUGAGGUCAACCUCAGAGGGCUCCUGAGCAGUCACCAGAAGCACUCUGCACAGGAGUGGAGGGCUCGUGUCCGGCCAGAGCCGAGCCAUCUGUGGGCAGCAGGUACCACCUAGCGCUGGCAGAUGUCGGAGGGAGGCAGGAGACCCCGUUCCCGUCUCCUGGGAGGAAACCCGCUGUGCUAGAAGGCCCUUGGCCUGGGGUGAGCCCCGGACCUCCGAGGGAGGCCGAACAUGAGCUGCUGUGCUAGGGGACCUCCGGCAACAUGCUCCUGAGGAGGCGGGCCAGAGGCGGGCCCCGCAGGCUGCAGUUCCUGGCCGGGGUGCUGAUGCUGGGAUGCUUGCUGGUGACGGUGACCCUGCUGCACCCCCCGCUCCAGGACCUCUCCGGGGAUCCCUCGGCCCAGGCGGAGAAGCCCAGCCCCGCGCUGGGCCACCAGGUGGACUUUGGCAAACCCCAGGACUGGGUGCUGGAGACCGAGGAGGAGAGCCAGGAGUAUUACCCCCUGGAGGGCCUGGCCCCCUUCAUCUCCCUGAAAGAGGACGAGCUCCUGGUGGCGGUGGCGUCCCCCAGGGACAGGCGGAACCAGAGCCAGAGCAGGAGGAGAGGGGGCUACCGGCUGGUGGGGCAGCAGGGCCGGAGGCCGGAGGAGGGAGCCCUGGCCCGGCCCGCUCUGCCCUGGGGGGCCGAGCUGGAAGGCCUCUCCCUGCCAGACUCGGAUGCGGAUGAUGGGGAAGAGAAGUUUGGGCCGGACGCCUACGGCUUCAAUGAAGUCCUAAGCCAGCGGAUCUCUCUGCGCAGGGAGCUGCCGGAGGUCCGCGAUCCCCUGUGUCUGCAGCAGGACUAUGGUGACGACCUGCCCACGGCCAGCGUCAUCAUCUGCUUCCAUGACGAGGCCUGGUCUACCCUCCUCAGAACCGUGCACAGUGUCUUGGACACGACCCCCAGAGCCUUCCUCAAGGAGAUCAUCCUUGUCGAUGACCUCAGCCAACAAGGUCACCUCAAAUCGGCGCUCAGUGACCACGUGGCCCAGCUGGAGCGGGUGCGACUGCUCAGGAGCAACAAGAGGCUGGGAGUCAUCAAGGGCCGCAUGCUGGGGGCCGCCCGCGCUGCCGGGGACGUGCUGGUCUUCAUGGACUCCCACUGCGAGUGCCACAAGGGCUGGCUGGAGCCUCUCCUCAGCAGGAUAGCCGGGGACAGGAGUCGAGUGGUGUCUCCUAUCAUUGAUGUCAUAGACUGGAAGAAUUUUCAAUAUUAUCACUCCGUGGAGUUGCAGCGAGGAGUAUUUGACUGGGAAUUAAAUUUCCACUGGAAACCUUUGCCAGAGCAGGAGAGGAAGGUGCGCCAGUCUCCCAUCAGUCCCAUCAGGAGCCCUGUGGUGCCGGGCGGAGUCGUGGCCAUCGACCGCCAUUACUUUCAAAACACUGGAGCGUAUGAUUCUCUCAUGUCCAUCUGGGGCAGUGAAAACCUGGAGCUGUCCAUACGGGUUUGGCUCUGCGGGGGCUCUGUGGAAAUCCUCCCCUGCUCCCGAGUGGGGCACGUCUACCGCAACCAGCCCCCCAGCACCUCCCCUGAGCAGGAAGGGGCCCUGAAGAACAAGAUCCGGAUCGUGGAGACCUGGCUGGGCUCUUUCAAGGACACCUUCUACCAGCACAGCCCUAAGGCCUUCUCUCUGAGCCAGGCUGAGAAACAGGACUGCAGCGAACGGCUUCAGCUGAAGAAAAGGUUGGGUUGUAGGACCUUCCACUGGUUUCUAGCCAACCUCUCUCCAGAGUUAUACCCUUCUGAACACAAGCCAGGAUUCUCCGGAAAGCUCUACAACUCUGGCGUUGGCUCCUGUGCAGACUGUGCAUCUGGAGGGGCACUUGGAGGAGGCCUGGUGACACUCUCUCCCUGCAGUGACAGCUGGCAGCAGCAGCACCUGGAGUACACGGGCAAGAAGCAGAUCAGCUGCGGAGAGCAGGCCCGGCUCUGCUUUGACGUGAACCAAGAAAAUCAGGUGACUCUUCAGAACUGCACAGAGGAGACGCGCUCCUUCCAGAGGCAGCACUGGGAGGUCCAGGAGAAUGGAAUGAUUGUCCACAUCCUUUCUGGGAAAUGCAUAGAAGCUGUAGAGAGUGACCAUGAGAAGAAUCUGUCCUUGCAAUUGUGUGACGGGAAAGCCACCCAGGUGUGGAGGUUUGACCGCAUCCACGCCGUGGAUCAGCGGUGAGCUGCGGAAACCAGACAGAAACCUGCCUUCGUGUAUGGUCUCCCAGGACCUCAAAACAGCCCAGGCUUUAGAGGAAAAGCUGCCUUGGUCCCAGCUCUCGGGUGGCUUGGAGGAUAUCAGCAAGAUGCAGUGCAAAGAGCUUGGAGUCACAAAACCGAGGUUUACACCCCAGCUCUAUCAUUUCUUGUCCAUGGGAAAUUGACCAUGGCACUUCCUUCUUUGGGCCUCAGUCUCCUCAUCUGUAAAAUGCAAAAGUUGGAGAAUAUAGUGUCUGAGGUCCCUUCCAAUUCUUAAUCUAACAUCAAUUCUAGCUGCUUAAGAGGAUCAACAGUCUUCACUGUGAGAAAAUGAAUGUAUGGACAGGUACCGAGCUCUUCCUUCAGCUGUCAGGAUGAAAAGACCGUCCUACCUUAAAACUACUUUCUUCACCUCUGACAUGAGAAAGGAACUCGAACAUCUUUGGCCAUGUCUAUAUAGACCUUAGCUUAAAAAGGCCAAGGUCUCCCACUGUGAACGGGGCCUUCUCAAGCCAUCCUGAUGUACCUCUAGCCACUGAACCCAGAUGGCUCUGGAGGGGAAAGUGAGGCAGAUGACCUUGCACGGUCCUCUCUCAUUUAAAUCCAACUCAUGGUCAUUAUGUCAUGGCCCUCUUUGGGAACAUAGGAGAAACAACAAUCAUGAAAUGAAGUGAAAGAGAAAAUGUUUUGUACAGUGAAUUGCCUUCCUGGUCAAAUAUCACAGAGUAAAUCUCUUUACCUCUUUUGGUCUCCCAUUACUGUACAAUGGGUAUAUAUACAGGUGUGUGUGUGUGUGUGUGUAUGUAUGUGUAUAUAUAUGCACACACCUAUAUGUAUAGUCUUAGGACAACUAAGAAUGGGGUUCCAAUCCUGCUUCUGACACCUAGGCAAAUCACUUUACUCUUCAGGACCCCAGACAGACACACUCAUAAUAUGAUGGUGGUAGCCAGGGGUAGUGGCCCCAAAGGCAGGAAGACCUGAGUUACAGCUAGCUAUUAUCAGCCUCAGGACCCUGACUUGUAACCUGUCAAUGCCUCCAAGGUCCCGAACAGUUGCUGAUCUGCAUUUGUCAAGGGAGUUUUCUAACCAGCCGUUCCCUAUGCCAAUGAAAUCAUGUCUGAAUCUACAUCAAAAAAAAAAAAAAGUAUAGUUGGUUACAAAAUCCUAAUCCUACUCUUUGGGGUAUGAUGGACACACAUAGAGAGGAGAAUUGCUGAUGACCAAGCACUGAUUCAUUCUCCUUAACUAGAAAAGAGUGGAACUCUUGAGGACUUGGGCUGGAGAGAAGUAGGAAUAGACACUGGUAGAAGUUCUCAAAGGAGCAGGUGGGUUCCCCUCAUAUAGGCAGGAAGUUGGCCAUAUUUGGCAGGGGGUCAUGGGAUCUGCUGAACUAGAAUGGUUGUUAAAUAGGAGGCACUUAAUAAAUGCUGAUUUAUUCAUUGGGAAAUCUUUCCUCCAUGUGACAAUGUACAAAUUUUGCUUAGAUAUGUAGCUAGAUUAUCCUCCUUCUUCAAAAGCAUUAUGCCUCCUUGAAUGAAAUGAUCCCUCUCCCUAAAAUGGAGCACUACUCCCAUAUUCUCAGACCGUGAACGUCUGAAUUUGAAAACAUCCCCCAAAAUGUCCCUCUUCUGCAAGGAGUGAAUGAAUUUAAUGUAUUUCAAAGGAGUAAAACCAAGUAGAUUAUAAUGGGUUUGAUGAACUACACUACUCUUGACUUCUGUCAUGUGGGCACAUUACUUUUCCAAUAUAUGGUAAGUAUUCAAACCAUUUCUUCUUCCUUGUAUUAUUUCCAGAUGGCCUUCUUUUAUUUAAAAAAGGAAAGAUCAUUUCACAACUAAUGCCUUUUCCUGACUUCAGAUUUAUCUUGAUUUAAAAGAAAUCCUCAAAUUCUCAGCAACAUUUCCAAAAAUUGAGUGUUAAAAGAUGGUAGGAAAAAUUCUCUAACAACUACUAUGUAGAAGAUGGUCAAAGGUAAAGAAUAAAAGAAAAAAAAAGAUCUCUAACUUUUACAUGAUUUUUACUAUUGGUAUUUAAUAUGUUUGCACCACAAAUUGCUGGCUUAAAUUAAUAUAAAGAAAUAAAGUUUAUUUCAAUUGUAUUUUGUGGCUAACGGUAAUAAAAGAGGAUACCAGUGGUUUAUUUGGUAGAAAA